GUCUAAUAUUCGACCAAGGAUUUUAGUCCAUACCAAUGGCUACUUAGCCUUCAUUUAUCAUGAACAGACUCAAGUAGUGGCUAACAGCUUUAAUUCUAGGUGGGACUGACCCCUGCCGCCUUACCAGAUUGGACAAUACAUUGAAUGCCUAGGGACGCUUUGCUUGGUUCACACGCGCCACGCGACUACUUCAGCGACUGCAAUUCGUUUGUUGGAUUGAGAUAUGCACGGGAAACAGAGAGGAAUGCCUUUGGGCGCGUAUUAAGACUCGACCCUUGCAUGAUAUUGACAACACAACAAGGGGGGGGAAUGAAAAGGAAACAUUGGUGCCCCGCACGUGACACGAACGCCAGCGCAUUCAUCAAGGGGCGACAGCACCCGGGCCAUGAGAAUUUUUUCACCUCAAGAAACUCAGCUUCGUCAUCCAACAUUGCAACCGUUGUUGAUCGCCUGCGCUUCCUCGGUCUACACCAAGUGUUGAUGUGACAUGGAUGUCCCACGCGUGAGCUACCACGUGCUACUAGUCGGCGAUCGCGGUGUAGGGACACAUGAACUGAUCAAGCAGUUCUGCACACCAUCGCUUGGAUCAUGGGGUCCCCAUGAUGAAGCACCGAUGAGGACGGUAGAUCUUGGCAGCACGAAGGCCAGCGUGCGGCUCAGCAAAUUGGAUUGGGACAAUGUCAGUCGCGAAACGCUCGCGUUCCAGCUGUCAACAUGUCAGUGUGUUGUCAUGUCGUACAGCACGAGCUCAGAUGCCUCGUUUCGAUCACUAUUGCCCAGAGCUCGUGGGAUGAAGAAGGCGGGGAUGCUGGACGGGCAUGGCCUCCUGGUCGUAGGGAUACAAGACUUCCAUGGCAGCCGACAGGUGACGCCAGAGCUUGGCAGGCAGCUCGCUCGAGAAGUGAGCGCGGAGUUUGUAGAGGUUGCCACCCAUGAUCGCCACGCUAUCCAGGCACUGAUCGUUGACUUUGUCCGACGGCUCCAUGCGAAAAGGGGAACCAACUUGCCAAGGAUGUCUCCUGGCUCGAACAAAGAAAUCACGCAGAAACCAAAGCUGGGGCUUUGGGCCAAGGUCAGGCGGACAUUGGGUAUGGAGAGUCGGAACCCGCGAGGUCUUCUCCGGAAGAGGCCGCCACCGCCAGCUGAGGAGGACAGCGCUGAUGGAGAGAAUCCACCGAGGAAGCGCGUCAAUAUUGGCACGAGGUUGGAAGUGGACCUCGGGGAGGAGUUGACAGGAGAGGAUGUCUUUCAAGGGACAUUGCGGAGACAUCGUUGACGAACAGCACUGAGAU